AUGGGCACCCAGCAGAUUGCAUUGUCUCAAAUCAUGGAGGACCUCAAAGCCAAAAGCAUCUCCACUGAGCUGGCCUUCGAGCGCUUGCUCCAAGAGGAUCUAGACUUUGAUGAGCUGAAGCUAAAGAAGCUUCGUAAGUCUUUAGACCAAAGCUUGGAGCGUGGGGGCAAUGAAGGAGUGUUACCCGCGAUCAGUCGCUUGCUCGAAUGGGAGGGCCUGGAGUCGCAACAAGAAAAGAGCCAGGGCAUUCAGUCUGCAAAGAAGUUCCCAGUCUUCUUCACUGCCUUUGCAGCCGUCCGUGAGUAUUGUCGUGAAAAUUCCGACCUCUUCGACAUGAAGCAGCUGGGCUCAGCCUUGGAGCUGCUCACCAAGCUGGCCCGGAAGAUGUGGGCCGCGGAUGAUCGGGUCACUGGGGCGAUGUCCAUGAUCUUGAACAAAGAGCUCAUGGAAAGAGGCGAGGCUGAUACAGAGGUGGGCGUCUCAGAUGAGGCCACCAUUGGAACCUUAGGCCUUCGAAGACCCUUUCAGGACAUGGCCCGAGAGAUGAAGCAUGUGGAUGCCGUAGCAUCGAUGGCUUGGGCACUGGCUGUGGCGAACAUCCAGUCAGCAUCCCUGCAGAUCAAGGUGGCCAAGGGUAUCAUUGCUCAUAUUGACAAGGUCACCCCGCCCGAGAUUGGUGACUGGGUGACCAAUGGUGCCAAGAAAGUGGACAGUAAGCUCUUCAUCACCAUGCACGAUAUGAAAUGGUUCAAGGAUGAGAAUGCCAUCGCAUACUUGACACAAGCCCUAGUGGCCCGCAUUCAGACUUUGAAGGAAGAGGACCCCGGAUUGGCCAGCAUGCUGGCGGCCAAAACCAAGGAGGCCCAAGAAAAGGAGGAACUGCAAGACGGCGCUUGA